AUGCUUAUUUCCAAGGAGAACAGAAAGGCUGUCUACUCAGCUCUUUUCAAGGAUGGUGCCCUUGUCGCCCCUAAGGAUUACAACCUUCCCAAGCACGCCGACAUUGACGUCCCUAACCUCGAAGUCAUCAAGCUCAUGCAAUCUUUGACUUCCAAGGGUUUCGUCAAGACCCAAUUCUCCUGGCAAUGGUAUUACUAUACUCUCACUGAUGAGGGUAUUGACUACCUCCGUGAAUUCCUCCACUUGCCUCAAGAAAUUGUUCCCGCUACCUUGAAGAAGUCUGCUCGUCCUGCUGCUCCCCGUCGUGCUUUCGGUGGUGAGGGUCGUGAAAACCGUGGUCCCCGUGGUGACCGUGGUGAUUACCGUCGCAAGGAAGGUGCUAACGGUGACUUCAAGCCCGAGUUCCGUGGUGGUCUCGGUCGUGGUAACCGCGAGUAA